AUGAAAAAUGUCAGAUUAGAAGGAAAGAAAAAGAAGAACAUUUCAUAACCAAAAUAACCACAAGUUUAAUUUCAAUUUAAAAAAAAAACCUAUAAUUAUUCACAAAAAAUGUCGAAAGCAGCCGGAAAAUUAAAAUCGAUGAAGAAAUUCGUCGAAAAAAUAACCCACACAACAAAGCUGAGAACAAAUAUUCCAGCUGGCAUGGCUGCAGCCGCUCCCCCACUUGGACCAAUGUUGGGUCAGCGUUCCAUUAACAUAGCAGCAUUUUGCAAAGAUUUCAACGAACGUACCAAAGAUGUCAAAGAAGGAAUACCUUUGCCAUGUCGAGUGUGGGUUAACAGCGACCGAAGCUACGAACUAGUCAUCCAUUCACCACCGGCUACGUUUUUCCUUAAACAAGCAGCCGGCAUUCCACGAGGUGCCAUGUACCCUGGCAAAGAACUCUCCGGCAAAAUAACCCUAAAGCACUUGUAUGAGAUUGCACAAAUAAAAAUUCAAGAUCCUCCGAAUGCCCUUAAAACAAUGGAACAAAUGUGUGAACAACUAGUCGGAAUUGCAAGAACUUGUGGAAUACAAGUUGUAAAGGACCUAGACCCAGAGGAGUACAAAGAAUUUUUAGAGGAAAGACAAAAAGUAGUUGAAGAACAGAAAAAGGAACUCCAAGAGAAACGUGAUGCUAAGAUGUUAAGAACUGGUUAAUUCUGUUUUGGGUGCUUUAAUAAUAAAUAUAAAUACAAAAUUCAAUCGAAA